AUGACAGAGAUGCGGGAGGAUUAUUCAUCUCCUACUACUUCUAAUUUCAUGUCCCGCAUGCCUCAGUGCAGACAGAUUGUGUCCUCCUUGGAGGAAACUCUUGAUGUUGACCGUGAAAGCUUAACCAAGAUGAAGAAAGCUGUCAAGGCUAUUUACAACAGUGGAAAUGCUCAUGUGGACAAUGAACUUUAUUUGUCUCAAGCACUUGAACGAUUGGGACAUAUAGCCUUAAGCAAGGAUCAGGAACCUGAUUUGGGUGCUGCUCUUAUCAAGUUUUCUGUUGUUACAAAAGAGCUCUCCAAUCUAAUGAAGGGACUGAUGCAUCACCUUAACAAUAUUAUCCUCUUUCCUCUUGAUUCAUUGCUCAAAGGUGAUCUUCGUGGGGUCAAGGGAGACCUCAAGCGUCCAUUUGACAAGGCCAUGAAGGAUUAUGAAACUAAAUAUUCAAAGCUUGAGAAGGAAAAAAAGGCCCAGGCUAAAGAAGCAGGACUCAUACGUACAGAAAUCAUGCCUGCUGAAGUGGCAGAUGAGAUGGAGAAAGAAAGACGUCUGUUCCAGUUACACAUGUGUGAAUACUUGAUCAAAGUGAAUGAAAUCAAAAUGAAGAAAGGAGUUGAACUGCUGCAGCACCUGGUAGAGUACUACCAUGCCCAGAGCAAUUACUUUCAAGAGGGCUUGAAAACUAUGGAACAUUUUGGUAAUUAUGUUGCUGAGAUGGCAGGAAAGCUUCACCGUAUUCGUCAACAGGGAGAUGAAGAAAGGCGUCAGUUUUUGGAACUACGAUCCCUCCUUCGAAAUUCACAGGCACUCUCAUCUGAAAAGGAGUCUGGAGGAAUGGUAGUGGCACAACCAAGCACUGGCUAUAGCCUUCAUCAGCUGCAAGGGAAUAAGGCCCAUGGUACUGAAAGGAUAGGCUAUCUUUUCAAGAAAUCUGAUGGAAAAAUGAGAAAAGUAUGGCAAAAGAGAAAAUGUGAAGUCAUUGAAGGGUACCUAUGCAUUCGCCAUUCUGAUGAGUCCAAACCCCCCUCUAUGGUUAAUCUCCUGACUUCUCAAAUCAAACUUAUUCCUGAUGAUCGACGAUGCUUUGACUUGGUUGCCUAUAAUAGGACGUACCAUUUUCAAGGGGAGGAUGAAAAUGAUCGAGAUGCAUGGGUAUCAGUUCUCAUCAACUCCAAGGAACGAUUGCUCAUGCAUGCAUUUCAUUCAGGAGGACAGCAGCGACCUGCUAAUGAUAGUGUCUCUGCCUCAUUUGUAGAGCUGCAGCAGCAGGUGGUGAAGCAAGUUAUGCAACUGCCUGGAAACGAUUUGUGCUGUGACUGCAGCAACACAAAUGAUGUCACAUGGCUGUCUACCAACUUUGGAGUGUUAAUCUGCAUUGAAUGUAGUGGUGUGCAUCGAGAUCUUGGUGUUCACAUUUCCAGGGUUCAAAGCUUGGUUCUCGACAAUGUUGGAACAGCUCACCUACUGGUUGCUAGAGCCAUGUCCAAUGUAGCAUUCAAUGAUACUAUGGAAGCCACUCUGAGGAAUGGAAAGCCAACACCCACUAGUACCAUGGAAGAAAGGAGAACCUUUAUUCGUGCUAAAUAUGUGGACAAAAAGUAUGUGUUGCGCACAACUGUUGAUAGCAGGGAGCUAUUGACUGACUUGGAGCAGGCUGUGGUAUCACGCCACUUGUACAUGCUUUUGCAAGCAUGGGGAGAAGGUGCUGACAUAUCAGCCCCAUUACCUUCUAGACCUAACAGAGAAACAGCACUUCACAUUGCAGUUGAACAAGAAGAUGGUUCAUCUCUCCACAUAGUUGAUUUUUUGGUUCAAAACUCCCCUGAUCUGAAUGUGCAUACUGCUGUGGGAGAUACCUCCCUUCACGUUGCUGCCAAUCGAGGACAGACUGAGUGCAUUAAACUUCUUCUUCGAAGUGGAGCUGACCCUAAUGUGGAGAAUGCUGAAGGACACACUCCAUUGAAUAUUGCACGUGACAAAGGUUAUGACACUUGUGCUGAAUUGGUACAACAUGCUUUGGCCAAUAAAAAGAGCAUGUUUGAAAAUGUUAGCUGCGAUUGGGCCAUCAGUCAGGAUGAAGCGUCAACAGACCUGAGUGAUGAAGAAACAAUGGUGGACACAACUCGUCCUGGUAGUGUCACUCCUGCAGGAAGUGAAGUAAAUGUGACCCAGAAGGGUCACGUGAUGUCUCAACGUUCCACUAGUCGCAGUAGUUCAGUUAGUGUAGUGGAACAAGGAAACUCUGGUGGAGCUGACAUUCUUUAUCCUGGUAGCAGCAUUGAGGGAAAGAAGUCAAUAAAUACAGGAUCUCUGAAAAAGAGAGCUGCUCCACGUCCUCCACCAUCAUCAACAUCCUCAACUGAUCGAUCUUAUCCAUUGAAGACUCCUCCAGAUCCAUCAUUAAGUCCAGGAAGUGGAGUGCCCGGGCAUCGCAGGAGUCCCUCUGGUGCAGCCAUUGAUGCCAGCACUGGACCGGGAAGGGGUGUGCCAAUGGCUGGUGCAAGACAGGUGUUGCCAUCAGUUCCAGUGCCAGGGAACUAUCUUCAGCUGCGUCACACAGGCAGACAUGUGACUGACUUGCUCAAUGGACAAGGGCUCCCACUUGCAGAUGUUGAAGAAAAACCACCAACUCUCCCUCUCCCAAGACAGACUCCUGACUCUCGACAACGUGCAAGAAAGUGUCGUGCUCUCUAUGACUGCGAUGCAGAUAAUGAGGAUGAGCUCUCCUUCCGUGAGGGGGACAUUAUCUUCAUUACUAACACUGAGACUGAUGAUGAGAAUUGGCUUGAAGGACAGUUGGAGCGUGACCCAUUGCAGAAAGGACUUUUCCCUGUUUCCUUUGUGCACAUGCUCAAUUUAGCUUUGCAGUUUGCCAAGAUGGCAUUGAUACCGACACAGCAGAAACUGGCAGAGAAGUUAACCAUCUUAAAUGACAGGGGCUUGGGUAUGCUUACACGAAUCUACAACAUCAAGAAGGCAUGUGGAGACCCCAAGUUUAAGCCCUCCUUCCUCUCUGACAAAGGACUGGAUUCCACAGUCAAGACAGUUGUGAAACGGUUUCCCAAUAUCGAUAUUAAAGGGGUUGGCUUCCAUCCUCUUUCCAUUGUAUUAAUCCAGAACAACCUGUCACCAAUAAGGGCUGAUGUCCUGAAGAGUCUUGCCUUGUAUUACAAUACCUUUGUAGAUCUCUUGGACUUGAGGGAUCACAUUUCUGAGCUCUUCACAAUCAUGGAUGCUUGUGCAGUCCACCUGGAUAUUGGAUUAAAUUAUGACAUGACGAAAGGCUACCUGGACCUUAUGGCAACAUAUGUGAGUCUCAUGCUCCUCCUUGCCAGAGUGGAAGAUCGGAAAGCUGUGCUUGGCCUCUAUAAUGCUGCCCAUGAGAUGACCCAUAACCAGGGUGACCCAAGUUUCCCUCGGCUGGGCCAGAUGAUUUUAGAUUUUGAGCAACCUCUGAAGAAACUCUCAGAAGAAUUCUUCACUCAUUCCCGACUUUUAUUGGAAGCAAUUGCAUCUUUGCAUCAAGUUUACCCUAAGAGGAAUCUCUCUUCAGAACAGUUGAGAUCCCAAGGACUUUUGAGUGUACUCAGGGAUGCCAAUCAGAUGCUGACUCCAUCUCGAAAUGAAGUUGUACCAAACCUUCCUUGUGAAUUUCUUUCUGUUGAUGUCAUGGAUCGGUGGAUCAUCUGUGGGUAUAGGUCUUGUCAGAUUGGGCUUGUUUUGUGCCACCAGCACAUCCUCUCACCUACAUUCUCAGAGUUAUGGACUCAAGCUCUUCAAGGUGGCUGGGUGAUAUCCCUCUUUCGAGAUGAACUGUGGCCCGUUCAUCUAGAGAUCCUGGCAUUCUUUGAGUCCAUUAAAGGAUAUGGGAAGAGAGUGGGAGAAGUAAAAGAAGCUUAUAAUACAGCCCUGGCAAAUUCAGCACGUGUCCAUAGAGAGAGACGCAAGUUCCUUCGCAGCAUCCUCAAAGAACAGGCACUGAUUUUUACUGAUCAACCUGGUCUACUUGGCCCAAAGGCAAUGAUGGUCCUGACAGGGUUGAGUCUGGCAAGGGAUGAGGUCCUCUGGCUGAUAAGGCAUCAUGAGAACUUGCCUUCAGCUCGACAGGCCAAAAACAAGACUUCCUUGGAGGACCUUGUUGAUCGCCAUCUCCCUGAACUCCUCUUUUAUAUGGAAGAACUACGUCAGCUAGUCCGUAAAUAUUCCCAGGUACUUCAGAGGUACUACAUCCAGUACCUUUCCCAGUAUGAUGCAGUGACCCUGAAUCUGGAGAUGCAGAAUGUGGUAUGUGGUGAGGAUGAAAGUCUGCUCUUGACAUCCCUCUUCAAUACCAUCUCAAAUCUUUCUGUGAAACAAGUGGAGGAAGGUGAGGUGUUUGACCUAAGAGGAUUGCGCAUGGACUGGCACAGACUCCAAGCAUAUGCAUCCUCUGGGAAGGCUCCCUUCACUCUCAGAGAGCACCCAAAUCUUGCCCGCCUCCUUACAACCAUUGCUUCUCAUUCUCGUUUUAUUGAUGCCCUGGAUCAGCUGCUUAGGCACCAUAUUCGUGAGCGGAGUGUGUCAGUUGUGAAUCAGUUUUUGGAUGAGAUGUCAAAAGAAGCUAAAAACAUCAUUACUGCCAUCUGUGAUGAGCAAUGCACUCUAAGUGAUAGACUGUUACCAAAGCAUAGUGCUACAAGCAUAGCACAACAAGUGAAUAAGAAGAAGAGGGAGAAGAUGCGUCGUAUUGCUGCUGAGACCAAUAAGCCUGGUCUUGAAAGCUAUCGUAAAACUCGAGAAGCUUUGACCACGAUGGACAAGAUGCACAUGGCCCUAACAGAACUUUGCUUUGCUCUCAAUUACUGCCCCACCAUCACAGUGUGGGAUUACACAUUUGCUCCCCGGGAAUUCCUCUUCACGCACCUGGAGAGUCGUUUUGCAAGGGCUCUUGUUGGAAUGGUCAUGUAUAAUGGAGAAACAGCUGAAAUUGCCAAGCCCUCUGAACUUCUGAGCUCAGUGCGUGCCUACAUGAGCAUCCUCCAGACUGUUGAGAAUCAUGUGCUAAUUGACAUCACUCGAGUGUUCAACAGUGUGCUUCUACAGCAGACUCAGAUGUUGGAUAGUCAUGGAGAGCGAACUAUUGCAUCCCUCUAUUCCACUUGGUACUCAGAGGUGUUGUUACGUCGUGUGAGUGCUGGGCACAUUGUCUACUCCCCUGCACAGAAGGCUUUUGUGAGCACCAGCAAUGAAGGAGCUUUCCCUUUCAAUGCAGAGGAGUUCUCUGAUAGGAAUGUUUUGGAUAACAAAGAGGCCCUGUUGCAUCUGCGCACACACUUUGACAAACCAGAGGAGAUGAAGGAGUACAGCAAAAAGCUUACAGAGGUGGACAGUGUGAUGAAGCGGAUGACUAUCAUUGGAGUGAUCCUGGGAUUUCGUAGACUGGUCCAAGAGGCCCUGGAGGAUGUCCUAUUUGAUCGCAUCCCAUUUCUCAUGUCCUCCAUUUUGGACUUUCGCCUGGACCCCACAUCUCAACCAGAUUCCCUGAUGGGGAACAUCAAGCUCCAGAGGACCACAAAGGUUGACUUUUCCUUUUUGGUCAAUGCAGAGACAAGUGCAGGAGGAGGAGAAUUGGAUGAUUAUCUAGUCUCAUGCCUGCUGAUGGUGUUUGUGGCAGUAAGCAUCCCAAGAUUAGCUCGAUGGGAGACAUCAAUGUAUCGCCCCCAGCUAGAAGCCCAUGGGAAUAAUGUACAUUGUUUGGCCUUGGCUGUCAAUGAAGUCUUCCCUGCUCUUUUCACUCUCCAUGGUCAUGGAGACAUAGAGGACCGGCUUAAGGAAUUCCUUGCUCUGGCAUCUUCAAGUCUGCUGCGGCUUGGACAAGACCCAGAGAAGGAGUCAGCCAAGCACCGAGAAUCCAUCUAUCUUCUCCUGGACCUAGUAGUGAAGGAAUCUUCAUUCCUUUCCAUGGACCUCCUAGAGUCAUGCUUCCCGUACCCUCUCAUCCGCACAGCUUACAAUGCUGUCUAUCGACAACAUGGACCUAAUUCUCUUCUUCCCAUCCCCUCAUAA